GAAUAGAUUUCAUUCCCCCUCUUUCUCUCUUUCCUUGUGGUCUGCUCUGUUCUUUUUCUUCAGAUAAAUUUAUGAUGGCUAACAAUUGAAUAAAUAUUGAGAAGCCCAAUUGGAAACUCAUGAGGCGUCUAUAAUUCCUCAUUUUGGUAAUAUUUCCUCAUUGUGAGACUUUGCCACAGUUAGAGGAGGGACGAACAAGCUAGAUUCAUGCACAAUUGCCAUUAACUUCGACUUUGUACAAUCUGAGACUCAUAAACCUGUCAUCAUGUCUGAACGCAAAGCCGUGAUCAAGAACGCUGACAUGACAGAUGAAAUGCAGCGGGACGCAAUCGAAUGCGCCAACCAGUCGAUGGAGAAGUUCAACAUCGAGAAGGACAUCGCCGCCCACAUCAAGAAGGAGUUCGACAAAAAACACAAUCCUACCUGGCAUUGCAUCGUCGGCCGCAACUUCGGCAGCUACGUGACGCACGAGACCAAGCAUUUCAUCUACUUCUACCUAGGACAAGUCGCCAUCUUACUUUUCAAGUCUGGAUACAUCACGAUGUCGAUCUCGAAUCGUACCCAUCUAACCGGCGACAAAGCCGUCAUCAAGAACGCCGACAUGGACAAAGACAUGCAGAAUUCCGCGACCGAUGUUGCCGCCAUCGCCUUCGGGAAAUACCAGAUGGAGAAGGAUGUCGCCGCCUACAUCAAGAAGGAAUUCGACAAGGUGCACAGUCCUGCCUGGCAUUGCAUCGUCGGCCGCAACUUCGGCAGCUACGUGACACACGAGACGAAGAACUUCAUCUAUUUCUACUUGGGGCAGACAGCUGUCUUGCUUUUCAAAUCAGGAUAAAGUGUUAAAAGCUAAUAAAUGGAUUGGAAACAAACGCAUGGACUUUAAAAGCAAACAGAUGGACUGGUAAAGAAGCGAUGCCUUUUGAUUUUAGCGGCGAGGUGUAAAUAUAAUCGGUUAAUCACAAAGCCAUUUUAAGAAGUAUGAAAGACUUGUAUAUUGACAUCUGCUUAACUA